CCUGCCUGUUUUAGGGAGGGCAGUACUCACUCAUGGUCAGUGUAGCAGUGCAUGGUGAUGGUUGCCCUCCAUGCAGAUCUGUUCAGGAUGACAACACCUGGUGCGACCAAAUUGGAGUUGGCACCUGGUUCAGCGUUGUCCCCAGCGGCAGGCAUACCCUCUGCACUGCUCAUACCAAGCCCAUCUUCUUUGGCUGGGGAGGGAAGGCAGCUCCAAAAGGAGCCCAGGGGCUUCUCAGGUGCUGUGGAGCAGAGAGCGGAGCCCACUGGGUGCCCAUAUGGCCCCGCAGUGGGGAGGGGGCUCUGCUGGGCCCCAGAGACCCAGACACCUGCCAGGUGGGCACUGUGCCAGGGCUGGACACGGUGAUUAAUGCUCUGAUGGCAGCUAAGCCCCUCUGCGAACACGCUUUAAUAUCCGAUACGGGGAAAUCUGCCGGCACCUGCGAACGUGCCUGAGGAUUAAGGGCGGCCACGCCACAAUCAUCCACGGAUCCUGCCUCAGAUUAAGGAGCCCCGGCGAGGAGCAGGAGAGUGGAGAAACGCGCCUGAGGGUGGUGCUGAGGAUCCGGCCACUGACCUGCACGGAGAUACGUCGAGGUGACCGGCACGCGGUGCACAGCCUGGGCGAUGGCACUGUCCACGUAUGUGCCACCUCCCCACGGUGGGGCCAGGGCCUGUGACCCCCUCCUGAGCCACCGCCUUCCCCGUGCCCAGGUGAGCGCGGCCAGGCACGAUGCCACCUUUGCCUUCAGCGCCGUUUUCGACGCGGGUGCCUCGCAGGAGGCCGUCUUCGAGGGCAGCGGCAUGCGGCAGCUGGUGGAGCUUGCGGUGGAAGGCUUCUCCUGCACUGUUUUCGCCUACGGACAGACGGGCUCGGGGAAGACCUACACCCUGAUGGGCCCUCUGGGGCAGAGUGAUGGCCCGGGGCUGCUGGGGCUGAUGCAGCGAUCCUUCUCCUGCCUCCUGGAGCAGAGCCACGACAACGGCCUGGCGCUCAGUGCCUCCUACCUGGAGAUCUACAACGAGCAGGUGAGCACCCACCCGGCCCCAAUGCCAGCCUCACUGGCACCUCCUGACCCCUCUGCCACCCCCAAGGUCAGGGAUCUGUUGAGUGCGGGGCCACCGCGCUCCCUACCCCUGCGCUGGAGCAAAACCCGCGGUUUCUACGUGGAGAACCAGCUCAGUGUGGAUUUUGAGAGCCUGGAGGCUGUCGUCGAGCUGCUCCUGCAAGGUUCCCAGAGGCGACGGACCUCUGCGCAUGCCCUCAAUGGGCACUCGAGCCGCAGCCACGCCAUCCUGACCGUCCACAUCCGCAGCCAAGCACCUGGCCCCAGCAAGCUGGGCACGCUGUGCUUUGUGGACCUGGCCGGCAGCGAGCGGGUGAAGGACACCGGCUCCAGCGGGGAGCUCUCUGUAGAGGCCAACAACAUCAACCGCAGCCUCCUGGCACUGGGACACUGCAUCUCCCUGCUGGCCAAGCCCCGAGGGAAGCGGACACACAUCCCCUACCGGGACAGCAAGCUCACCCGGCUGCUGGCCCGCUCUCUGGGCGGCUCAGGGGUCACACUGAUGGUCGCCUGUGUCUCCCCAUCCUCGUGCUGCCUCUCGGAGACACUGAGCACGCUGCACUAUGCCAGCAGAGCCCGCAGGGUCACCACCAGACCCAUGGCCAAUAAGGUGCCUCGGGAGAAGCUGCUGCAAACCUUGGAGGAGGAGAUUCAGGCGCUGCAGCUGGAGAACCUCUCCCUGAGACAGCAACUCAGCUUGCCCAGGAGUGGGGAGGUGCCAGGGGCAUGGCCUGGCUGGGUGGGCAGGUACGGCCCUGGGGGGCUACACCAUUCACCCCUCAAAGGACAGCUCCCGGCAGAAGGAGCUCCAGCCUGGCCCAGCCUCUAUGGCCUGCUGCGGGACUUUGUGGUGGAGAAUGAACAGCUCAGGUACGGUGCUCCCCCGGGACAUGCAGGAGCCAUGAGCAUAGGGUCUCCAACAGCCGGUGUGGUGGUGCCUCUCCCAGGGCUGCAGGGUUCAGGGAGGCUGCUGCUGCCCUGUCCUGCUCUCUCUGCUCCCCAGGCAGCCCUGGCUGUCCCCAGACCCCAGCGCUGGCGACAUCCCGACCAUCCCAUCCCGCAGCCAUGUCCCGCACCGGAGCGCACACAUCCCACUCAGCCACCCCCCAUGGCCCCAUCACCCCAGUGUGAUGCCCACCUCUGCGCAUCGGCUGCCGGUGAGUCCCUAAUGUCCCCAAGCAUGAUGCAGGGUGACACUGUGCAAACACCCACUGCCCUCUUGCAGAAGCUGCCUUCUGCCUCCAGCUGCCCCCAGCGCCAUGCUGAUGCCAUUGCGUCCCAGGUAGGGUCGAUCCCAUUGCGGGGGGUAGCAGGGGGUGGGGGCAGCCUGACAGCUCUGCUUGGCCCCCACAUGCUGCCGGUCCCCAACAAGGGAAGUGCCAGCCUCCCACUGCCCGCCCAGGAUGACGGCACCGUGCCCAGCUGCUGGCCACAGAAGGGAAAGCGGAGCCAGGGCAGGAGCUGGAGCUCACUGCGUCGACACGCAGUGCCACGGGAUAGCCAGGAGGCAGCGGGCACCGAGGGAAGGGUCGUCCCUUCAGCCCCGCCAUGGCCAGGAUCACCAGAACCCAGAGCCUCCGGAGCCAUCCCUCUGCUGCAGUGGGAAGAGACCUUGGAGUGGCUGGUGGAGCAAAUCUGAGUGCUGCGCUCACACUGUGACCAGGGCUGGCAGUGGGGACACAACCCCAGCACAGUCACGCUUCAGGGACU